AUGAAUACAUUCGACUCACCGGCGUCCCCUCCGACAGGUCCCAGUGCCUCUAGAGGAGCGAAAAACAACCACUCAUCGUCACGCUCGCCUACAGAUUCAGCCCUGUCAUCCUCCUUCGGCAGCACCCGGUCCCACUCGAGCUCCUCGUCCCGAAACCAUACGCGUAGCCAGAACCCAGUUCAGACUUCAUCCCAAUCCACCGAGUUCACCCCAAUCAACACAGCCGGCCCCGGGCGCAGCUAUCAGUCCACAGAGCAAGCAGCCGCCUCGCAGCCUUCACAAUUAAACAAUACGAACCGUGACAAUGCCAACCAAUCAACGAACCAAGACUCGACUUCCGAGCCCCAGCAAUCUUGGUAUAGCCAAUUCGCAGAACAAUACGGCAGCCUCGAACUAGAGAAUAAAGGCAGUGUAGCCCGCGACCACCUCGCAUUAGAACGAACCUUCCUAGCCUGGAUGCGCACCUCCCUAGCUUUCGCCUCAAUUGGUAUCGCAGUAACGCAACUCUUCCGUCUGAACAGCGCGUCCUCAAACACAAACGCCAAAUACUUCGACCCGGUCUCCAACUCAUACUCGGGCAUCCUACCCCCACAUCUCGCCUCGUCAGACUACGAUUCAGCCGCGUUCCACGUCUCCUCUGCAUCCGCCCGUCUUCGUAGCGUAGGCAAGCCCCUCGGCUCAACUUUCAUCGGCGUCUCAAUCCUUAUCCUUGUUGUUGGCUUUCACCGUUACUUUCAGAGUCAGUAUUGGAUUAUUCGUGGGAAGUUCCCGGCUAGUCGGGGCAGUGUAGCACUUACGGCGUUUGUGGCUGCUUCGUUGAUUAUUGCUACUCUCGCAGUUAUCUUGGCGGUUUCGCCGGGGGCUGUUGAGACUUAG